AUGACUGUCACAAUAUACCUCCAAGGUGUUGCUUUAUUCUCUAUUUGUCGAAAACAAAUUCUGAUUUCAGCAUUAUCACAUCUUAAAAGUAGACCAAAGCACAAGGAGCUGAAGCCAGGAGAAAAAAAAAUAAAGGCUGGGAAUUUCAGAAUUGGAGGGUUUCCCAAUGUAAUUGGAGCCAUUGAUGGUACGCAUGUACGAAUACAGGCACCUACCACUGAUGAGGCAUCAUAUGUUAACAGGAAAGGGUACCAUAUCAUCAAUGUGCAGGCCGUGUGUGAUGCAGAUGGUAUGUUUACAAAAGUGUAAUGUCCCUUAUA